UGGUGUUCCCUCUCCAGGCCUGCAGGGGGCGACAGAGCGCGCUGCUGCUACAUUUUAAGAACCAGAAGAAGAAGAAACCUUGUGAGCAGCAGCAGCGGCAGCACUGAAAAACAUGGCGAUACCCGUGAAAGCAGCCCGUCUAUGUCGACUGGCAGGACGAACUGUCCCCUCUUUGUCAGUCACACACAGGCCGAGGAGAUGCUACUUGUCCACCUCGACGGGGAACAAUCUCCAGUUCAGGCUCGAUGAGCUGACGGCUCACAGCAGUCUGGACCUCUUCAAGAAAAACACUGCCGUCAUCUACCGCAUGCUGGGUCUGGACCCCACCCAAGUGCCAAGCAACCCAGAGCGCUUCCGAGACUGGGCCGUCGUGUUUGGCGAUGAGAAGAUCAGCGGCGGGCGCCACUACUGGGAGGUGACGGUGAAAAAGUCUCAAGAGUUUCGCCUGGGUGUGGCCGAGGCGCUGAUGUCCAGAGAGGACUGUGUGGGCACCAACAGCUCCUCCUGGGUAUUUGGCUAUGCCCAGCGCAAGUGGUUUGCUAUGACCAGCAACAAGAUAGUCCCCGUGGCGCUGGUGGGAAAGCCAGAACGCAUAGGCAUCCUGCUGGACUACGAAGCGGGCCUUCUGGAGCUGAUGGACGUCGAAAAACACGCAAUCAUUUACAGCAUCAGGGCCCAGUUCAAGACUACCCUCUGCCCCGCAUUUGGACUUUGGGACGGGGAGCUGCUCACACACUCUGGUCUGGAGGAGCCCGAAGGCCUGAAGUGAAGCAGGAUGAACUGUGAUGGUGAUGAGCUUGGUACAGUAGCAACGUUUAUCACAACAGUACAGGAAAAGAAGCAAUAUCUAUGUAGGAGUCAUUUGCAGCUAAUUACAGGUGGUGGGUCAUUUCCGUGGUCCAGUUGGUUCAUAAUUAUGACAAUGCAAGUUCAUACUUUAUGUAUGUCAUCCAGCCUCAUGCGAUCACAUCACAGAAGCUGCAUUUGUGUGUACCUCAUGUAUUACCUCUCAGAGUAGCUGACAUGAAAAGGGUGUGUGGUUAUUUUUGAGAGGAAGAUUUAACUGUGAAGUUUGUUCUGGUAUUACAGUUAGAAAGCUUUUUCAGUCUCAUGCUCAUACUGUAUAUUGUUCAAUAAAAUAACUUCACUGAAA